AUCAGAAUGAACGCUGCCACGGAACGAAAAACGCCUUCAUUCUUAUUAGGAGCCACGACUACUCAGUUCACUAGUCUUCCUGAAGUCAAUAUCGUGCUACUGGGAGCACUUGGAGUUGGCAAGUCAGCCUUGACAGUGAAAUAUAUUACAAAACGAUUCAUCAGUGAAUAUGACCCUGACCUAGAAGACACGUACUGCAAAAUCGAAGUUCUUGACCAACAAGAGGUUAUUGUUCGAUUGAUGGACACGUGUUAUAAGGAAAGAAGAGAACCGGACAGAUAUUUGAAAUGGGCCGAUUCUUUCUUUGUCGUUUACAGCAUUACAAGUCGUCCAACUUUUGAAUAUGCCCAAAAAUACCUUGAUUUGGUCAUUCAGAACCACAGAAAUGGAGGAAACCCAGAGUGUCCCCUAGUGUUAAUCGGAAACAAAGUAGAUCUCGAACGCUACAGACAAGUAAGCAAACUAGAGGGUGCCACCUGCGCAGAAAAGUAUGAUGCAGUAUUCUUCGAAACUACUGCAGCAGAAGACUAUGAUGAAGUUGAAGAAGUUUUCCACAAGGUAUUAAGACUCGUUCUUCAAGAUCAAAGUCGUUUUUUAUCAUUAAAACCUCUGUAUAUAGCAGAAGACAAAAUGGCCUCGAAUUUGAAUCGUAAUUCCUUACCACGUAAUCUGAGAUCACAUAUAAUAGCGUCAUCCAACUCCAAGCUUCCUCCGGUGUCCAAAGACCGUAAGCCUGACGAAAAAAGCUUCCUACUCAUGGACAGAAAUCCGAAGUUUAAACUGUUUAAUAAAGGAUUUAGAAUAUUCCAAUCUUAAAAACUAAAUACGGCUCUGACAGAAAUAUGAAACUACAAAAAUUAAUAGGGUCAAGUUUUGACCACACCCUUUGUAGUUAAAAGUUCACUACAUAAACACUUCGCUUGCCUCUCAAUAUUAUUAGUAGUGAGUACAGCCUGAAGAAAAGGACUGGAAACGUAAAAAAAGGGCAAAUUUGGGAUUCUUCAAUGUCUAUUCCUACUUGACAAACUUUGGAUUGAUGGCAAUAAAUGGUAUAUUUCUCCAUUAUGAAAAAAUUAAAUUUCCCUAAUGACAUAUAAAUUCAUGAGCUAUUUAGAUUAGUAUAUGUAUUUAUAUGGAAAAAUGUAUGGAAAAAAGUCGUAUUUCUGUCACCAUGUUAUCCAAUUUGUACAAAAGUCAAAGCAAUUACACAAGGUUAUGAAAUGCAAGAGUUGAAACAUGUUUGUUCCAUUCUAUAAAAAUAGAAGAUUAAUUAAGGCCAAGACAUAUUCCAUACCAGAAUAACUCACGUUUUUCUUAUUUGAAUUAUCGCAAAAAGUAAGAUUCAGAUAGACUAAUGAGAAAAUAAAAUCAACUGCUGUAGAUGGU